GAUGAGGACUGCAGCGCCUCGUCUUGACCACGGACAGCGCGGAGGUCUCAGCUGGGGCAGGAAGUGAGUCUGCUCCGUCAGGACGCGGAGGCAGCCAAAGCGUCUGAGAGCCUCUGGGUCUCGGACCGCCCUCCCUUCCCACCUCUCAACCCUUUCCUAGUCCCGGAGCUUCCUGCAGACCGGCGGGGAUGGAUCUUCACAAGCCGAUGACUGCUCGCCGCUACCAAGUGCUUCAUAAUGAAGAUGAUAAUUCAGAAUCACCUGCUGUUGAGCAGCCAUCACCUUCAACACAGACAGCACGAACAUCUCCUUCUGGACCCGCACUUGAACCUGAGGCUUCUCCUCCACCUUACAGUAGCAUUACUGUGGAAGCAGCUGCGACUUCAGAAACAGAAACUCACAGCGAAUUUUAUCCUGUGCCACCACCCUACAGUGUAGCUACCUCUCUUCCUACGUAUGAUGAAGCAGAGAAGGCCAAAGCUGCUGCGAUGGCAGCCGCUGCAGCAGAAACAUCUCUGAGACACGGACAGUUUAGGGAGUCUAGGAGUCUAUUUGAUGAAAUAUUCCUGCACUCACCAGAGGAAGAAGAGUUUCCUCCGAGAGAUGACUUCAGUGAUGCAGAUCAGCUUAGAGUGGGCAAUGAUGGUAUCUUCAUGCUGGCAUUCUUCAUGGCAUUUAUUUUCAACUGGAUUGGAUUUUGUUUAUCCUUCUGUAUAACUAAUACCAUUGCUGGAAGGUAUGGUGCCAUCUGUGGAUUUGGUCUUUCAUUGAUCAAAUGGAUCCUUAUUGUUCGGUUUUCUGAUUUUUUCACUGGAUACGUCAAUGGACAAUACUGGCUUUGGUGGAUAUUUCUUGUCCUUGGCCUCCUCCUUUUCUUCAGAGGAUUUGUCAAUUAUCUUAAAGUCAGGAACAUGUCUGAAAGUAUGGCUGCUGCUCAUAGAACAAGAUUUUUCUUCUUGUAUUAGUGACUGCAUCGACCAGACAUUCCUUUCCUAUACCAAUGUGAAGUAGUAGAAGACUACUAACAACAGAAGACCAAUUAGUGAAGAAAAUAAAUUGAAUGACAGAGUGGUUUAUGCUUAAAUGCCAUUGCUGUUCAUUCUGUUAAAUAUUUGUUACCUUUGUUUUUUGCACAUUUGCAUAUGUUUCAUUUAAAAGAAAAGAAUUCAGAUGAAAAAACAAUUCCUAUAAUUGAAUAGAGAUUAGGUACAGUUAGACUUGGCUAAUCAGUGUUCAAAUACCUGAAAGACUUGAGUGAUAAACUCUCUUAUAGCAUGUAUGUACCACUGAUAUGUUGAUCUGAAGUUUAGUUGCAUAAAAAAUUAAAUUUAUAAACAAUUCAAAUUAGGUCAACUCUCAGUUAGUUUUAUGGACACUAGACUCAUGUUGUGAUGAUUAAACAUGUAGAAUAUCCUUUGUUUUAAAGUUUACCAGAACUUGUAAUGCUUACUAUUAGAGGGUUGUCAAGUUUUGGCCAAGGUAUUACUUCAUCCACCAAAACUCUUUCCAUCUGUAAAUAACCACGCAUUAAUUUCUUUUCAGAUGACUUUCUUAGGGAUUGUGUCCAAAUAUUUUCCUAGUCAUUUAACAUGGUUUACUUUUAAUAAAUAUGGAAUAUAUGUCAAUCUAUAGACAUAUAUAUAUAUAGAUAGUUAUAGACAUUUUGGGUGUUGAUGACAUAGAUUGUUUUGGAACAAAAUUUCAGAGGUGGUAAGUGUACCAAAUGACUGGACUAAUUUUCUUUCAAGUUUCUAUGAUAACAAAGGGAGAAACUUGGUUUUUAGAGUGAUCCAUACAUCACAUCUCUUUAUUAAGUUAAAAUUUUUGAAAAUUAUUUUUGAAUUAUAUCAGUUUCAUUUUGAGGUAACCUUUAAAAAAAAAGAGCAAUCUUGGUAGUUGUAGAUGUCUUUUUAGUAAGUAAUAAAGACUUUUUCCUUUAGGUGUUUAUUUAAGCUCAGCUAACAAAUAAAAACCUGCACUAUAAAUACCUUCUUGCUUCAUAGUAAUAGUGUUAAGUUUUGAGAAAAUCAUCUCUUGCAUCUAGAUGUGUAAAACUUAUGAGAAUUAUAAAUGGGCUUUGUGCCAUACUUUAAGAAUACACUCUCUCAGCCAUUAUCAACAACUGGAAUCCAGGUUGCAGUCAUAAGUUAAUGUAUUUUCACCUUUCAAAAACAUUUUUCAUUGGUUUUUAUUUUUUAAAUUAUAAUUUUACAUUUUUAAUGUUGAAAAUGGUGGAGUCUGUGUCAAAUCCUCAAAAUUAGCUUUAACUUUAUAUCUAUGUGGAACAUAAAUAUGGGAAAUAUUGAUCAUUUGAUUUAUUAUACUCUGAAGGCUACUAAAAAGUGAAUAAAACUCUUCAAAAAGACAGAUGCUGUCUACUUUAUGAAAUACAAUUAAGUAUUUAGCAUCAUCUGAAUUUCAUCUAUAUUCUUCUGGUUUUUUCCCCCAUUGUCUUUAUGAAUGGCAAAUAAAAACAUAUAGUUUUGUUUUGCUGAUGAGACUCCUGUUUUUGACUUCCUCAUGUUCUUUUGCUACCGUCUGUAUUCCCUAAAUCUUUGGCAAAUGAAAUAGAAAUUUUGGCAACUAAAAUAUAAAUUUAAUCACAAGUUAAAACAACUAAUGGUUUUCCUUUUCCUCUCCCAUUUCUUUUAAUACUUGGAAUUUAUUUCCUGAAGACUUGAUUCCUUUGCCUAUUAUAAAAAAUUGUGUAGAAAUGUGGUUAAGAUCAUUCAUUGUUUUUAAGCUUCAUUAGCAAGCUGAACUAGAAGAUAGCAAUUUUAUCAAAAUAUUGUCUUCCAAUUUUUUCCUGUAUUUACAAUCUGUUUUCUGAAUGUGGAUAUGUCAUUUUAUGCCCCAAAUCAAAUGUUACCUCUUUGUUGAACUCUGCAGUGUUAAAUCUGUAUGAGGUUAAAAUUUGCACAUUAUCUAAACCCUGUUAUUUGGUACAGUCUUGAGGUAGCCUGAAUUACCAUCAGGAACAAGAGAAUUGUGACAUCAUUUUCAAAGACAGCAAUUUCUUCCAGAUGUAUCAAAUGCUGCAUACUUCCCUUACUAUUUCCUGUGAGCUUGGAUAGAAGAGCAGCUGCUUUGUGUUUUAGGGACACCUGACUAGCUAUGCCUUCUGCCUUAAAGCUUGGAAACCAAAAAGCAUAGUCACAUUAGAAUAAAAUUAGGUGAAAUUAUUUUGAAUGGAUGUAGACUAGCAUUUGGAAUUGUUAAAAUUUCCUUAAAACUUUUUCAUUUCUUUGACAUAUAGCAUAUAUCUGCACAUGACAGUGUUGUAAUGUGUAUAUCUUCUGCACUAGGCUUAAACCAUUUGCUGCCCGUCUCACUAAAAAAUAGCAAGGUACAGUGAAAGUGCUGUUUUAGAACUAAGAGAAUCCUGCUUCUUAACUUCAGUCUCUAUGUGACCUUGGGCAAAUCACAUGGUCCCUUUGGGCUACAGUAUCCUGAUUUAUAAAAUAAGGGGGUUGGACUCGAUGACCUCUUUGAGACUUCUCACCCUUAAUCUAUUAUUUUCUCCUAAAUCAUAGAUGGUUUCAUCUUUUUUUUUUUAAUUUAAGACUUUAAAUGCUUGAAAUUGAUUCAGGACAAAUUCCAUCACCAUGAAUGCAUGGAUAUUCAAAGUAUUUCCAAAUCCUAGCUAGUGCUUCAAUUUUUAUUGUAAACAAUAUUCAAUACAAUGAUCUUACAGUAAUUUUAAAACAUAUUGAACAUUCUUUUGAGGUUCCGAUCUCUAGUAUCAUCCCUAAAGCUGACAUUCUUUAAAAAAAUCCAUUAUAGUUCAAUGAGUGCUGGGUUUGGAGUCAAAGGACCUGGAUGCCAACCUUGGCUCUGCCACCUUACUAGCUAUGUUACCUUGGUUAAAUCCCCUUAACUUCAUUGGUCUAAAGUUUCUUCAUUUGUAAAAUGAGGAUACUGAAUGAGACAAUCUUUUAAGGUCCCUUCCAUCUGCAAAACUAUGAUUGUUCCCUCUACCCAUCCUAUUUGGCUAUGGACAGUGUGCCACAGUUAACUCAAUGAAGUAUUUAUGAUUAGAAUUUUUUUCUAUUAUAGUACUUAGCAUACUUAAUAAUAAUUUAUUAAGUACUUCUAUGUGCCAGGCAUUUUACUAAGCACAGGGGAUACAAAGAUAAGGAAAACCACAUAAAGCCCUUAAACAGGAUUUACACAGUAAUGGGAAAUACAACAUGUAAAUAAAUUGAUACUUAAAAGAUGGAUAUAGAAUUGAAAGAAUAUAAUCUUAGAGGGGAAGACUCAAGUGACUGGGAAAAUGGAAAGACCUCUUGCAGAUGGUUGCAUUUUAGUUGAAUCUUGAAAGACAGUGCAAAGAUAGAGAUGGAUAAUGGUGUACAAGGAACAGUAGUUAGGAUGGAAUCGUAAUCAUAGAAUGUGUGGAAGGGGAACAGAGUGUGAAAAGACUGGAAAGGUGGCUUUAAAUGCUAAACAGAAGACAUCAUAUUUGACCCUGAAGGUAUUUGGGAGUCAUUCCACUACAUUGAGUGGAUGGUGAGGGGCAGGGGGACAUGAUCAUAUCUAUGCUUUGUAAGAAAAUCAGUUUUGCAUCUGUAGAGGAAGGCUUGGAGUGGAGAAAGACCUGAGGCAGGGUGACCAAUUAGAAGACUAUUGCAAUAAUCUGGGCUGUAUUUGAUGAGGGUCUGAACUAAGGCAGUUGCUAUAGGAGUAGAGAGGGAUUCGUGAGAUGUAGAAAAAAGAUUUGUUAUAAUAUUAGAUAGGUGGGAUGAAUGAGAGUGAGGUAUCAAGGAGUCUGAGAUUGUGAACUUAGGGGACUGAGAGGAUGGUGGUACCCUCAGCAAUUGUUUGGAAGUUUGUACGAGGGGAGCAUCUAGGGAAAAGAUGAAUUCCGUUUUGUACAUCUUGAGGUUGGAAUGACCAGUAGGCAGUUGGAGAUGGAGGAUUGGAGUUCAGGAGAGAGAUUAGGGCUGGAUAUAUAGAUCUGGGAGUCAUUUAUAUACAGGUAACUAAACCCAUGAAGAUUGAUAAAAAGCACUAAGGGUAAUAGUAUAUAAAAAAUAGAAGACAUAUGUAGAAACAUUUUAGGAUUAAGAAAUUUUCUGGCUUUUGAAUAUCUACUCAAUGUAUUUUGACACAAUAACCAUGAAUUCCACAAUUGGAGGACUAUACACACACACACACACGUAUAUUUAUAUAAAAUUAUCAUUGCAGGAUAGAAAAAGAAAUGAUUGAAACUUAACUUGGGGCCUAAUGUUAUUUAGUAGUUACUUUGUGGAUCACAUGUCUUAGAAAAGUAUGGUAGCUGACUGUGUAUUAGACUGACCUAGAGUUGGAGUGAAAAAAAUGUGUAAAACAGGAACCCUUUCAUUAGUACACUUGGGGAUAUAGGAAAGACCUUUUAUUUCUAUUAUUUUUUAAAAAUGUUUUUAUUGAUGACUUUUAAAAAAAAAAGUCAUUGUCUCAUCCUACUUUCUCUCUCCUUACAACAAGUAAGUACAGCCAAGCAAAAUGAAACACAUUUGCCACAGCUAAAUCUGUACACUUCAUUCUGUACUGCUAAUCUGCCACCUUUCUGCUGAGAGAUGGAAAGCAUGUUUCACCAUCUUUUCCCAGAAUUUCAUGAUUAGUCACUACAGAGCUUUGAAUUCUUUCAGUGCUGUUUACUUUUACAUUACUUGGGCCAUUCUGAAAAUGGUUCUACUUAUUUUACUCUGCAUCCUUCUUUUUAUAUAUGUACAAACAGCAUGCCUUGGAAAAAUAUCCAUUUACAGAAAAACUCAGAGAUGGAAAAGAGGGCUUUCUGUAGAAGGAUUUAGAUGAGGGAGAAUGAUUAAAAGAUACACUAAUAAUAAUAUUUUUUCAGUGCUUUACAGUUGCGAUAUGUUUUCGUGUAUAUUCUCAUUUGAUUCUGACAAUCCCAUCAAGUACUUGCAGAUUCGAUGCCCAUUUUACACAUGGAUAAACUGAGAAUCAUUGAAGUUGAAUGACAUAUUGAAGUUACACUUAACUAAUAAGUUUUCAAGGUAGACCUGACUCUAGUUUUCUGACUCCCAAGUCCAGUGUUCCUUUCACCGUACUUAAUACCCUUGAGAAUGAUGUGUUAUGGAGAAGAGAUCUACCUUUUCCUGAGGCCCUUAGCACGAAAUAGGUUUCAGACCUUGAACUAAAUGAUUGCUCUGCUGUGUAUAAUAUACACAGCUUUUCUGUGUUUAGGAAACCAUCUAUAUAUGUACCUAUAGAAGUCACUGAAGAUCAUGAAAAGUUAGGGGAGUAACUCCUAGAGGAAAAAUUAAACUAAAGAGCCACCUAGCAUAGUUUUAAAGUUUCCAUUUAGACUAAAGUGAGUACCUGACAUUUUGUCCUGAUAUGUGCAAGCAGAGGAAUACCGACUUUGUGAAUAUUGAGUAUGUGUGUACCUAUUAAUGGUAUUCUAGAAGCAAAGUUGUAAUUAGAGUUCUUCAUUGAAGCAAUGGAUAGGUCUAAUCUUUUACUAAUGGAUAAGUCUAGUGUAUUAUUUAUAAAAGCAGAAUUCAGUAUUAAUAUUGUUUUGUUAAUUUUUUCUUUUCUGUUUCUUUGGGCUGUUUUUUCUUCUGAAUUCUCAGAAAAAUAGGCAGUGAUGGAUGGGGACAGAGGUUAAAGAUGUAUUUUGAUUCUUCACAUGGUUACCAAAGUCAUAGGCAAGACUGACAUCAGUUUCUAGAAGUAUGGGUAUAGACAUGUAGUGGGUAUAUACGUGUAAAAUUGUGUGUAUGAGAAUUUUGUUUUGGUUAAAAGAGAUUCCUUAGACUUUGAAAAUCCAGUUAGAGAUUUAAGGGGGAAAUGGGAAAAAUAAGAAAAAUACAGACACAUAAGAAGGGACAAAACAAAAAACAUUUAAAAUUAAAGAAAAAUACCCUUUUCUUAAAGAAUGCAAGGCACUGUCAUUAAUAUCUCAGUUUUUUGGGGGGAGGGGAUUGGGGAGGUAGGACUCUUGUCUAAAAGUUUGUCCAAUUUUGUCCUUCCCCACUAAUGCAUACCCUAUGAUGUAGCAACAAUGUUACUUGCAGCUACUGUGGAGGGGAAAGCCAGUAACACCAGCACACAGGAGGACCUGUUAAAUGGGCGGGGAAGAGCUUUAAUCAUGAUUAAUCACAAUUAGCACCACAUAUGAAGAUAUCAUUUUUCCUUUUUGAUUUUUAAAAGCUGGAUCCUCCUAGAAAUAUGUAGAUUUCAGUGUAGUAGUAUAUCAGUGAUCGAUUUUAUGGUCUUUCAUUUAUUGUGUUAUGCAUGACAACCUCAACUUGUUUGAAACUUAGAUUUCAAACCUAAAUAUAUUUCUCUAUUUCACAUAUGUUCUGUUUGUAUUAAUUCUAGCCUUUUAAACAUCUUGCCUAAAACAGAGCAUUGUGCCCCCACCUUGUUACCGCUUCCGUUUAUGAAAUUACCUCAUUUCUUAUUAUAUGACAUGUUUUAAAAUUAAGAAUACCUAUGUAGUAUUUCAGUGUUUAUGCAACAGUGAUUGAAUUUUUGCCUUGGAAAGAGUGCUGUAUAUUUUUGGUGGUAAUUACUUGCUUGAAUAUAAGACUCUUCUGGCAAAUGGGAAAGAAAAUAAUUCUUAAGAAUUUGAGUUAAAAUACUGGCUAUCAUGAAGCAACUAUGCAAAUAUACUAUUGAAAAUUAGUAAUAAUUUAAGUGAAGUGUGCUUAUAAUUAUUAUGGACUCUUUACAACCUCCAAAUAUUUCUGACAAAAUUAAAUUAGAAAUUCUGAGCUCUGCAAACUGCUUAUCAUUUUUAUUAAUUGAAAAAGCAAAAUUUGAUGGACUGACUUUAUGUUAUGAUGCAUAUUGGCACAUGUGUAUAUUCUAUUGUUGUAACUUGUUAGCACUCUUCUAUCUGUUGCUCUGUGCAUUGUUAAGGGAUCCCUUGAAAUUGUCUUCUUGAGUUCCCAUAUUUUCCAGACAUGCUAGACCUGGAGUAUACAGGAGGCCCUGAAUAUGCCAAGGACAAAGCCUCUCCUGAGCUGACAUAAUUUGUUAUCUGUACCUCAAAGCAUGUUACCUCACUGCUUGCCCCGCAACUAUAGAAACAGCUGCAAAGCAGUGGUCUUAACCACAUUAUCUCGAAUGUAUAGGUAUUAUGCUUUUCAUAUUAUUAACCUUGUGUUUAGUGGAUGGCAGAAAAAGCGGUUACUGAAAUUAGACUGCUAGAUGUACUUUCUCUAGAUUUCAUUUGAUUUUCUUACAAACAAUUUUGUUUUGUUUUGCUUAAACUACACUUGAUUUGAGCA